AUGGAAAAUAUUGAAGAUUGGGAUAAACGAUUAGCAUUCGAAACGCAAGUACAAGAAUUUGGACAAGUACCACAACAGUUGUUUGAUAAACCUCAUUCAAGAAAAUUAUCAAAACAAGACCUAUUAUUAUCACGUCAAUCAAGCACAAUAAAUCCAUUACAUCUCGUUGAAGAUACAAUUAAAUCUACAUCUUCUAGUCGUUCAAAUACACUAUCAGAUUCACCACAAAUCUUUUCAAAUACGUUAGACAAUACUAUUAAUGUUGAAAAUGAUGUUAAUUGGGAUAUGUCUACUAUUGUUAACGAUCAAUGUAACUCAGGAGAAGAGGAAGAAGAAAUUGGUCACGUAGAAUCCGAAUGUCAAAUCGUGUUAUUUCAAUUGCAGAUGAUGGUUUUCUACGAACAUAUACGUACGAAACAAAUAAAUCAGAUUAUUUUCUUAAUAUUUGUAAUCAAUGUUGAAAAUGAAUUAAAAGAAAUAAACUCAAUUGCAUUUAUUGGAAGUUAUGAUCAAUCAAUAUAUAUCUAUAAUUUGACAAACAGUUUACUUCCAUAUACCCAAAAACUUCAUGAAGAUGUGAUUGUUGAUGUUUAUGUAUCAAGUAAAAUUAAUUCUUUUCCUUCUUGUACAUGUUUAGAUGUGUUAGAAGAACAUGAUUUAUUAGCUGUUGGUUGUCAUGAUUCAACAAUUCUUUUAUGCGAUUUAACUACAGGACAAAUAUUAAUACAAUGGAAUUCAUCUUCCGAAGAUCAUUCUAAAAUAAUGUCCAUUCAAUUUCAUAAUGAUGGAUUAUUUUUAGCUUAUUUAUGUACAACAAAACUAGCUCUUAUUGAUAUUAUGACUGGUACAGAAGUAUUUAAACAUUCAUCAUCUUCUAUAAAAUUUCGUUCUCUAUUUUAUUCAAAUAAUAUACUCAUUAUUGGUUGUAAGAAUGAUUCUAUAAAAUUAUUUUCAAUGAAAUCUUCAUCCUUUCUUCCUCUUUCACUUCACAUUUGUGAUACGGCUAUAACAACAAUUGCAAAACAUACUCAUAAUAUGGCAUCCGGUAUAUACGAUAAAAUUUAUUUCUUUGGCACUGAAGAUGGUUCAAUACAUAUGUAUUCAAUGAGAUAUGACAAUAAAACACAUGUAUGA